CUGACCUGACAGUUUGAAAAUACCAUCCGAAGAAGAUGUUACUUCCGGGCUGAAUAUUCCUCUGAACACAACAAAACAUGACAUAUUUCCAGGUUUAAAACAGACAAGGUGGCCCAAUGUUGUUUGUGCAAGUUUGUUUUUAGGUGAACAAUGGUGCCGUCGAAGCGAAGAAAAGUGUCCUCUGCCAGCAACAGCCCAGAUAAAGUCUCCAAGUUCCCGCAGGUGGUUUUGUACCUCCUGGAGAGGAAGAUGGGCUCCAGUAGAAGAACUUUCCUCACCGAGCUCGGACGAAAAAAAGGCUUCCGAGUGAACGAGAAGUUCAGUGAAAGUGUCACGCACGUCAUCUCCGAGAAGAACGCAGGCGAUGACGUCAGAAGGUGGCUGACGUCACAGGGUCACGACCGGACACCUGCUCACCUUGUGGACGUCGGUUGGUUGACAGACAGCCUCGGGGCGGGACAUCCUGUCGACAUACUGGAGCGACACAAACUGCGUGAACAGCCGACGUCAGGCGGAAGUGAGGUGGCGACGCUCUCCAUUCCUGUUUACGCUUGUCAGAGGAGGACUGCGCUGAACAACCACAACGCCAUAUUGACAGAUGCUUUGUCGCUGCUGGCUGAAAAUGCUGAGCUCGGUGACGACGAUAAGCGAGGCCUGGCGUUCCGCCGCGGCGCCGCCGUGCUGAGGUCUCUUCCCGAGGCGGUGACGAACAUGAGGCAACUCCGAGGAUGCCCCUGCCUGGGGGAACACUCGCUGAGGGUCAUCCAGGACAUUUUGGAGACCGGAGCGUCCUGCGAGGUGGAGUCCACUAAACAGUCUGAGCGUUACCAGGCCAUGAAGGUUCUGACAGGAAUUUUUGGAGUCGGAGUAAAGACGGCAGAUCAGUGGUUCCGAGAUGGCAUCCAGAACCUUCACCAGUUACGGCAGUCAGGACGCGCUUUCAACCGAGCGCAGCGAGCAGGUCUGAUCCACUACGACGACCUGGUGCUGCCCGUAACAAAGCCGGAGGCCGACGCCAUUGCGAACAUCGUGGAGGAGGCGGUCCUUGCGGAGCUGCCGGGGUCACGGGUCACUCUGGUGGGAGGGUUCAGGAGGGGGAAGCUCAGCGGCCAUGAUGUGGACUUCCUCAUCACGCACCCGCAGGAAGGACGGGAAGAAGGUGUCAUUCCCAAAGUGGUAUCACGCCUGGAGGCGCAGGACUUCCUGUUGUACCACAAGACCAACAGAAACUCCUACAUGGAGUCCACAGAUGGACCUGCCCGGCCCGCCUCCAUCAUGGACCACUUUGAGAGAUGCUUGACCAUCUUUGGACUCGCCACAGGUGACGCCGAAGGCCGAGCACGAAGGAGAGCCGUGCGAGUGGACCUGGUGGUCUCGCCCUUCAGCCAGUUUGCCUUCGCCCUGCUCGGCUGGACCGGCUCAAAGCUGUUUGAGAGGGAGCUGCGUCGCUGGGCGACCCGAGAGAAGAACAUGACGCUGAGCAGCCACGCCUUGUACGACAACAACCAGGGUCGGUACCUGAAAGCUGCGACAGAGGAGGAAAUAUUUGCUCAUCUCUCCCUGGACUACAUCGCACCUUCGGACAGGAACGCCUGAUGAAGAUGAUCAGGACCUUCUUCUGAGAUGGACCCCAGCGCCGGCCGGCCCACAUUAAAGUGACACCCCCCCUCCUCCCAGUAAAGACAGGCGGGAAGUUCACCAACUGAUGUGUGGAUCCCAGAAAGAACCACCAAGUCAGAACUUUUACUUUUUUGUUAAAAAACAAACAAAACACUGCUAUGAGGGGCCGACUUGUCCAGGGUGUACCUUGCCUUCCGCCCCAAUGCAGCUGAGAUAGGCCCCAGCACCCCCCGCCACCCCAAAAGGGACAAGCGGUAGAAAUGGAUGGAUGGAUGGACAAACAAAACACUUGUCAAAUCACCUAAGCACACAUUAAUGAAUUUUAUGAGCACAUUCCAUGUAUAUUUUUGACUUAAACUAAGCAUUUUCACACAUUAAAAGGCCCAAAUAAACUAGAAAUAUCAAUAUUACAACAGUAUUGACCCAAAAUUACAAAUUUCAUUAUACU